AUGAGCUUCUACAUCUAUUCGCUGUCCACCGGGACAGCUGUAGUCUUUUGCUUCGACACGCCGCCCAUCUUCGAAACCAAUCUCAUUGACGUGAUGAACACCACUGGGAGUGAUCUGCCGACGGAGGCGUUGGCCUUCCUCCAAAGCUCCAUUGUGGGCGAGAUUGUCAGGCUGUAUGAUACAUCGGUUUGGACCCUUCGAGAUCAUAUCAGGCAGAUAGAAAAGGAACGGACUAUCACUGGUUUUCUGGACCGCGACCUGACUCCGCUCCACGACCUGGCGCGCCACAUCAUCCAUACGUGCGAAAUCCUCGCGGCUGCUGUGGACACCAUCGCCGAACUCGUUGGGGACUACAGGUCCAACUCUGGCAUUUCUUGCACAUGUCCCACUGGCGACGCCGCCGACGCCGGCGUAACCAAGAAGAAAUGUCCUCACAACGAAUUGGCGUUCUGGCUCAGGUUGCUGCGAAACUUUGGGCUUCGGGCAGAGUCUUUGAAGGCAAGGUUACUAAACGAAAUCAACCUGGGCUUCAAUGUCAUCGUCCAGCGGGAUGGAUCUUCCAUGAAGGCCGUGGCCGUGGUCACUCUUGCCGUGCUGCCAGCCACCUUUGUCUCGACUCUCUUCAGUAUGAGCUUUUUCUCGCAGGCAGAGGACAACAACACCGGCAAGUUGGUCUGGGUGGUUUCGGAUCAGUUCUGGAUCUACUGGGCCUUCGCCGUGCCACUGACCAUCGUGACAUUGGCAUGCUGGACAUACAUGCAGCACAGAGCAGAGUCACUGAAGAUGCUGAAAUCAUGGAAGGACCGGCUGGUAAAGAUGAUGAGCCAAAGGUAA